ACGACUCCAAACCAUUGGACACUGAUGUCUCUAUGCGAACAGUAACAAGACAGUACAUGUUAGAUGAACCUGAAGGUAAUAAUAACCUUUUCUAUAACUAUGAACUUGCGGAAACUUACUAUCAUCCAAAUGAAGGAGAUUAUGAAGCAUAUUACGAUCUGUAUGAAGAGCCGACCAGCUCGGAAACAACCAAAAACUACCCCGGAUUUUCACGAGCCGGCCGCACCCAACAACCCGAGAUAGUAAAUCUUAAUUGUGAUAGCUUAUUAAAAUUACCACACAUCAACUUACCUGAGAUAAAUGCUCGUUUUAUGAUAGACACGGGAAGCACUCGAUCGUUUAUCAGCCCAAGGAAAGUUGAUGAGUUCUUCGCCAACUAUAAGUUAUUCGAACCCUUCGAGGUUGUAAGCACUCACGCUCGUAGCAGACACGACGAAGUCAUCGUCAUACCCCUUCUGAAAACUUUUAAGAGCACGUUACAACAUAAAUUUUAUGUUUAUGACGUCGAUAAUCGCUACGAUGGCUUGAUCGGUUCCGACCUUCUAAAACAACUAGGCGCCACAAUCGAUAUGCAGAAUCAAGUUCUCCGAACGAAAAAUGUAGAAAUACCAAUAAUAUAUAACCCACCAUAUGAAGUGCAGCUUCAACCACGUACUGAAACACGCGUGACGAUUCCUGCGGACCUGAAAGAUGGAGAAGCGAUUAUUAAUUUCGUAGAUUUCGGUAAAGACGAUACUGAAUCCAUGCAGGUGAAUGUAGACGAAUCUGAAAGACGAUUACAUUCUUACUUGGAUGAUGUGGUUUCUGAAAUUGAAAGGUUAAGUAACGCGCAACCAAAUCCGGAAGACGAAGUAAAUUCAAUAAGCAGUGGAGAGAAAGAAGAAACAACAAAGCAUGAGUUAGAAACUGAGUACCCUAUAUUAUCGCCUUCUGAAAGCACCAUUACAAUACCAGAAGGAACGAUGAGUAACAUGUCUCUAUCACAAACUGUUCAUUCGGCACCAGACAUGGACACAAAUGGCAUACCUAUUCUAAACGAAGCCAUAGACUCUAAGCCUAAUCAGAUGUUAAUUUAUACAUGGAACAGAAACGAAAUGACUGUAAAGAAUAUCUCUAGUAACAAUCAAAAGAUAUUAGAAGCACAUUUACCAACAAAAAGGCCAGAUUUGGUCACUCAAUUCCUAAAAGAAUAUGUAAAACCAAAAACUAAGCAUUUCAUAUAUUUUGAAAAUGAAAUUCACCGUAAACAGUUUACACAAGCGGCUAUAAAACUUUUUAGAAAAGGGACAGUCAAACUAUUUGAAUGCACUAAAAGAGUUAUACAUGUAGAGGACGAAGAAGAGCAACGACAAAUUGUUUUAAAAUACCACGAGAGUAAGACAUGUCAUCGAGGAAUCAACGAAACUCUCAUGAAGCUGAAACGCGUAUACUACUGGAACAAUAUGAACAUAACAGUCAGUAGCGUGAUAAACGCAUGUGAAAUUUGUAAAGCAAUGAAGUACGACCGCAAACCAUACAAACCUGAAUUGCAGUUGACACAGACGCAGACAAAACCUUUCCAAGAAUUGGUUAUGGAUUUUUUUCCAAUAGAAGGGAAAUACUUCCUGACCAUCAUUGAUGCGUUUAGUAAACUAGGACAGACUUUCGAAAUUCCUAAUCGCUCUACACCGGAAGUAGUAAGAGCUCUGAUAAAAUACUUUUCAUUUUACGGUGUCCCCGGUAAAGAUAAGCCCCGGUUUCAAAAAGCAGAAGUAGUUGGAGAGAUAAGUAGGAAUAUAGUACCUGUCGAUGUUAGGAACCGUAAUACCAAUGUACCUAUUAAGGACAUUCGUCGUCCUCCACAGGGUCGUGCUCCUGCUGGUGGUCCAGUUGAGCCAGAGCCAGGAGGAGGCCAAGCUACAACGGAUUGAACACAAUCCCGGGAUACUUCCUGUAAAAGAGGGAACUGCUAUUAUAAGUUACGAUAAGUGGAUAAUAAUUAAGAAUCUAGAUUUAAGUUUAGUAUACGAUGAUAUAGAGUUUAAUUUCAACCGCUAUGCGAACCUCAACAAACACGUCCUAAACCAUUUUGGCAAGAAUGUUUUUAAUUUCGAACUUGCGAAUGUCAAAAGUCAAACUGAUCACCUAAAACACAUAACUUUCACUAAACUCAGACAAUUAAAUCCAUCAAAAAGAAUAAAACGUGGACUACUAAACCCUUUAGGGUCACUUAUAAAAGUAAUAACUGGCAAUUUGGACAAUGAGGAUGCUGUGAAGUAUGAUAAAAUGUUAAAUGAACUCAAAACUCGACAAAUUUCAGAAUUAAAGAAAAUGAGUCUGGUCACUGAAAUGUUGGGGACAUUUACGAAUAACAGCAAUGUAACAAAAAAUAAUUUCAUCCAAUUGGAUAGGGAAAUUUGGGACAUUAGAAAAAUACUGAAUGAGUCAAUGACAAAUUUUACAAACAAUAGAUUAAUUCAUAUUUACAAUUUAUUUUUACAUAACUUCCAAAUGUUGUAUAUCAGAUUGGAUGAAAUAGAAACAGCAAUAGCAUUUAGCAAAAUGGGAACUCUCCACCAGUCAAUAUUAGACACUGACGAAUUUGUAACUGUUUUAGGAAAAAUUGAACGUAAAGAGAGCCUUGCAUAUCCCGUAAAUUAUGUAAAUUUAAUUAAAAUAGAGCAGUGUGUAGAGAUUAAGGCAUAUAUCAAAGAAAAUCAGAUAGUCUUUAUCAUCGAAGUUCCCUUGGUCAAAAAGGGAAUAUACGACUAUUAUCACGUCUUUCCUCUACCUAUUACAAACAACCUAAAUCAAUCUGUCCUAAUUAUCCCAAAACAACCUUACCUUAUUGCGAAUGGUUCGAACACAUUCUCACUCACCAAACGCUGCAAAGAGUUGGAGAGAGGCUUCUUUAUUUGCUACGAAGAACACAUCGCCCCAAGAUCCAUGGAGGAUACCUGUGUGGCGGACUUAAUGAAGUUUAUUAUGAAUAUUACCACCUGUUAUCCUGUCCUGGUGGAAGUGAAGACAAUUAAAGUAGAGCCCAUACAACCUAAUCGAUGGAUUCUCUAUUCUAAAGCCAACAUCCUUUUGAAGACACGCUGUGGAAAUGAGAUGAGCAGAAUCUACAUCAGAGGUACUUACCUGGCUGUGAUCGAUGAUAACUGCGAACUAAAAAUCGAUGACGUCACACUGAGGCAUCAUAGUUCCGAAGCAUCUCCAAUACUAUAUCCCAAGUUACCUCUUAUAAAUUUUCCGGAAAUCCCAACCUCAGCAGCAGCAUCGCCCUGGAAGCCUAUCAACUUGGAUGAGGUCGACCUGCGACAUCUCCAAGUGUUGUCGUACGCCCUAAAAAAAGCUGACAGUGUUGUGCUAAGUGAAAGUGAUAAAAGUGUAAGUGCGGUAAAUAUAAAUAGCAUUAGUAUAGGAACUCUAUUUUUAUAUAUAAUCUUAGUCUUAACAGUUUUUAUCGGUAUCUUCAUAACUUUAAGAAGACGUCGAAAUUCUCAGUCUCAAAAAUCAUCCCCUGAGAAUUUCGAAGUUAUGGAGGGAGGAGUUAAGCGUCCAGACUGCCUGGAGAAUGCGCCACGUUGCACAUUCACCAAGAUAAGCUCAUGAAGCGUCUAGACUGCCUAGAGAAUGCGCUACGUUGCAUAAGAUAAGCCAUGAUGAGAUCAGACGCUUGGUCCCUUCCCAUUAGUUUUUAAAGUAGUCUUAAGCUGAACUUCUUUUAGACAAUACGUGUGUCUUAUUCUAAAUAAAUAGUUUUAAAUUCAAUUAAA